GUUGGCGGCGAUGGUGACCGGCCCUUGCGAAGCCAAUGACCGACCUCCGUUGCGGCAGAGGAGAGUUAAUGAGUAACAGAAGCAGGGUGCAGCCUUCUGCAGGCUGGUACUGCAUGUACUGCGUGACUCAUGCUGUUGCCGCAGCCAAACACCUCUGCAAACGCUCUGAAAAAUGCUCUUUACAACGUUAAACUCUGCUUAGCAUCUGGACAGCAAGCCAUCUGGAUCCCCCCCCCCUCUUGUGUGUGUGUGUGUGUGUGUUAAGUCGUGCUAUCGGUUGGACUAGAGAGCUGGUACUGCCAUGGCUGACACAAAUCCAGAGCCACAAGCAGCUGGCUCCGCCAAUAAGGUUGAGCAGGUGCAGGGCCAAGUCAAUGAAGUUAAAGUGAUUCUGAAGGACAACAUCAACAAGGUGCUGGAGCGGGGAGAGAGGCUGGACGAUCUGAUCGACAAGACGGACGACCUCCAAGCGACGGCCGACUCUUUCCAAAGAACAUCCACACGAGUUGCCAGGAAACACUGGUGGAAAAACGCCAAGAUGAUGGUCAUAGUUGGUGUGAUUGUGCUGGUCAUUAUUGUAAUCAUCAUCCUAUUUGCUACCAAAGUCAUAUAGGUAACAGCAGCAAUGCUGACUGGCUGCUCAAACGUAACGCUACAGGCCGAGGUGACGCAAAACCUCACUGUGAACCAGCUCUAGCAUAUACUAUAUCUACCUAGAUCUA